AUGUUACUAUGUUCUGUGAUAAAAUUAUUUUUACAGUCGAACUUAGAUCCGAUUGUCUGUUUUUUAAAUAAUAAAAUUCAUAUAACUUUGCAACAGUUUCAUCUUACAUUACUACGAAAAUUAAUUAUUACUUUGGCGGCUGUUGACUACGCCGUGUUUCACUCGCCCUCUUUAAUAAUACUUAACAUUUUCACA